CCAACACAACACAUACUAACUGGUUCUCUUAUUCCCGCCCAUUGCCCAUUGCCCAUUGCCCAUUGGCCUAGUCCGGAACCUUUGUGUUUUUCUUUUUCUCUGUGGGACCAUUUUCACUAAACCCCAUUACUCGUUUUACUUGAUCUUGAUUUACUCAUUAUUAUGAUGAUGAAAUUAUUCCACUUCUCCUCCUCCUCCUCCUCCUCCUCCUCCUUAUCCUUAUCCUUCUCCUUCUACCGCGACAUGAUCAUAUCUUGUGUUACGGUGGAUUAUGAUCGAGAGCAUGGCUGAAACAGGUUACUCUGAAUCUGAAAUGAACCAUCAACGUCUCUUUACAGGGAAAGCCAGCUAGCUAGCUUCUCUUUAAGUUGUGCCUUUUCAAGGCGACCAUGAUGUUCGGAGUACUUUCUUGCUGGCUUCCUCUAAAGCUAAUCAUAAACAUGCUUAUAAUACUCCUAUUGUUAAAAGUCACUUCUCCAUCAACGGAACCUGAUGUGGAAGUUGAAGCUUUGGUUGAUUUUCUAAGGGCACUUAAUGAUUCCAAGGGUCAAAUAACAGAUUGGAAUUAUAAUCUUGUGAGCCCAUGCUUUAGCUGGUCUCGAGUCACUUGUAGAAAUGGAAAUGUCAUAUCCCUGAGUUUGGCUUCAAAUGGAUUUUCAGGAACCCUUUCACCAUCAAUUACUAAAUUGAAAUAUUUGGCUAGCCUGGACCUAGGGAACAAUAAUUUAGUGGGAGUUUUACCCGGUUACCUUGCCAAUAUGACGUAUCUACAAAAUCUAAAUCUCGCCAACAAUGAUUUUAGUGGUUCCAUACCUAGUACUUGGGGUCAACUAUCCAAUUUAAAACAUUUGUCAUUGAGGGGGAACCAAAUAUCUGGAUACAUUCCUGAUUCGAUUGCAAAUAUAACCGGGUUGACAGAACUGGAUCUUUCAUCUACUAAUUUAUCCGGAAGAAUCCCCGUGAAGCUAUUUUCUGUUCUGACAUUCAAUUUUACAGGAACACAUCUUGCCUGCGGCUCUGGCUUGGACCAACCUUGUGUUUCUAACUCUUCCUUUCAAGAUCUUCAAGUUUCAACCAGCAAGUCAAAAUUUGAGGCAAUUGUAACUUCUUCAAGUUGUGCUGCAUUAUUCGUAAUCGUGUUAGUUGGGGCUUUGUUUACUUAUCAAUACUAUCAUGUGCACAAACACAAACAUGAUGUGUUUGUUGAUGUAGAGGGUGAAGAUGACUGCAAAAUUUCAUUUGGUCAGUUGAGAAGAUUUUCUUGGCAUGAAAUUCAACUUGCUACUGAUAAUUUCAGUGAAGGCAAUAUAAUUGGACAAGGAGGCUUUGGAAAAGUUUACAGGGGUGCCCUUUCGGACAAUACCAAGGUUGCUGUCAAACGGCUCACAGAUUAUCAUAGUCCAGGCGGUGAGGCUGCAUUCCUAAGGGAGGUUCAGCUUAUAAGUGUUGCAGUCCAUCGUAAUCUCCUACGUUUGAUUGGAUUUUGUACAACCUCUUCUGAAAGAAUCCUUGUUUAUCCGUUCAUGCAAAAUCUUAGUGUUGCCUACCGCCUAAGAGAUUUAAAACCAGGAGAGAAAGGCUUGGACUGGCCGACUCGGAAACGUAUUGCUUUUGGUGCAGCCCAUGGCUUGGCGUACUUGCAUGAACAUUGUAACCCUAAGAUUAUACAUCGUGACUUAAAGGCUGCAAACAUUCUACUUGACGACGAUUUUGAAGCUGUUCUUGGAGAUUUUGGGCUAGCAAAGUUGGUUGAUACAAAAUUGACUCAUAUUACCACUCAAGUACGUGGGACGAUGGGCCAUAUUGCCCCAGAGUAUUUAUCUACUGGAAAAUCAUCAGAAAAGACUGAUGUUUUUGGUUAUGGUAUUACACUUCUCGAACUAGUCACUGGUCAACGCGCAAUAGAUUUCUCACGGCUGGAAGAGGAGGAGGAUGUUCUUCUGCUUGACCACACCAAAAAGUUACAGAGAGAAAAUAGGCUUCAGGACAUUGUGGACGGAAACUUGAACACUUAUGACCCCAAAGAAGUUGAGACAAUUGUUCAGGUGGCAUUACUGUGCACUCAAACGUCACCCGAGGACCGUCCGAUGAUGGUAGAAGUUGUAAAAAUGCUACAGGGAGUGGGUCUGUCAGAGAGAUGGGCAGAGUGGGAGCAGCUCGAACAAGUAAGGAAUCAAGAAUUUUAUCUCUAUUCUCACCAAUUUGCUUUGGCUGAAGACUCUACUCAUGAUCAAGAAGCCAUACAAUUGUCUAAGGCAAGAUAAUCAAGUAAGGCAAGAUAAUUAAGUCCUAUAAUUCGAAAUUUAAGUAUCUUUACUAAUUAGCAUUGGGGAAAAGAAAGAGGUUUGUAUUUAUCAUUUGGCCUUGUUUUCCCAAUGAAUUAGCUAAUGGUGAACGUUUUUACCACUGCUUGCAACACCACUAUUGCAUGCAGCACUAUGUAUGGGGUAUAAUGUAAUUACGUAGAAUCAUCAAAAGCAAGCUUAAAAUUUCCCAUA